CUCAGCAACAGCAGCAGCGGCAGCAACGUCAAGCUUUCAGGUUAUCAUGGCGAUAAGAGACACAUCUUCCCCCUGAGCCCCCGAGAGGCAGCGACAAAGGAUUUCCUCCUCCCUCCGCUACAUGAAAACACACACAUGCAGCGCGGAGACCUGCCGGAGUUUUAGCCCAGAUUGGAGAGAGGACAUAGCGUGUGACCGUCAUGGCAGCGUCGGAGCUGUACACAAAGUGUGCUCGGGUGUGGAUCCCCGAUACAGAGGAGGUGUGGAAGUCAGCUGAGCUGACCAAAGACUACAAAAAUGGCGACGUCUCUCUGCAGCUUAUGCUGGAGGAUGGACAGAACAUUGAACACAAAUUGGACCCCAAGACAAAGAACCUGCCCUACCUGCGAAACCCCGACAUCCUGGUGGGCGAGAAUGACCUCACAGCACUCAGCUACCUCCACGAGCCGGCCGUGCUGCACAACCUCAAAGUCCGCUUCAUCGACUCCAAGCUCAUCUACACUUACUGCGGAAUCGUUCUGGUGGCCAUCAACCCUUAUGAGACGCUGCCGAUCUACGGCACAGACAUCAUUAAUGCCUACAGCGGACAGAACAUGGGAGACAUGGACCCACAUAUCUUUGCUGUGGCAGAGGAGGCUUACAAACAGAUGGCCAGGGAUGAGAGGAACCAGUCAAUCAUCGUGAGCGGAGAAUCCGGAGCAGGAAAGACGGUGUCAGCCAAAUACGCCAUGAGAUACUUUGCUACGGUCAGUGGCUCCACCAGCGAGGCCAACGUGGAGCAGAAAGUCUUGGCUUCCAAUCCCAUCAUGGAGGCCAUUGGAAAUGCAAAGACCACCCGAAAUGACAACAGCAGUCGCUUUGGGAAAUACAUUGAAAUCGGCUUUGACACACGCUACCGCAUCAUUGGCGCCAACAUGAGAACAUAUCUGCUGGAGAAAUCACGAGUUGUGUUUCAGGCCGAUGAGGAAAGGAAUUAUCAUAUCUUCUAUCAGCUCUGUGCAUCAUCCCAUCUGCCUGAAUUCAAGAAUCUAAAGCUGAGCAGUGCAAAUGACUUCUUGUACACCAGGCAGGGCCGCAGCCCCGUUAUCGACGGUGUGGAUGACACCAAGGAGCUGUCCACCACUCGCAAUGCCUUCACAUUGCUCGGUAUUAAUGAGUCCUAUCAGAUGGGGCUGUUCCAGGUUUUGGCAGCUAUUCUUCAUCUGGGAAACGUGGAGAUAAAGGACAGAGACUCAGACAGCAGCGCCAUUCCUCCCAACAACCGCCAUCUGACAGCUUUCUGCGAGCUGGUAGGUGUGACCUACCAGGACAUGGCUCAGUGGCUAUGCCACAGGAAGCUAAAGACGGCCACAGAGACGUACAUCAAGACCCUGCCCCGCCUGCAGGCCACCAACGCCCGUGACGCGCUGUCCAAACAUAUUUAUGCCAAACUCUUCAACUGGAUUGUGGAGCAUGUUAACAAAGCUCUUAUUACCAAUGUCAAACAGCACUCCUUUAUCGGAGUCCUCGACAUCUACGGUUUUGAGACAUUUGAGAUCAACAGCUUUGAGCAGUUCUGUAUCAACUAUGCCAACGAGAAACUCCAGCAACAGUUCAACAUGCAUGUGUUCAAGCUGGAGCAGGAGGAGUACAUGAAGGAGCAGAUUCCUUGGACUCUGAUUGACUUUUAUGACAAUCAGCCAUGCAUCAACCUCAUAGAAGCCAAAAUGGGCAUCCUGGACCUGCUGGACGAGGAGUGCAAGAUGCCCAAGGGUUCGGAUGAUUCGUGGGCUCAGAAACUCUACAAUACCCACCUUAAGACCUGCUCCCUCUUUGAGAAGCCACGCAUGUCCAACCGGGCUUUCAUCAUCCAACAUUUUGCUGACAAGGUGGAGUACCAGUGUGAAGGUUUCCUGGAGAAAAACAAGGACACAGUGAACGAAGAACAGAUCAAUGUGCUGAAGGCCAGCAAGAAGUUUGACCUGCUGGUGGAGCUGUUCCAGGAUGAGGAGAAAGCCACUAGUCCCACUGGUCAGCCUCCUGGCACCGGAGGCCGGACACGCCUCAGCAUCAAACCUGACAAGGGCCGGGACAAGACCAGCAAGGAGCACAAGAAGACUGUCGGCUGCCAGUUUCGUAACUCUCUGCAAAUGCUGAUGGAGACAUUGAACGCAACCACUCCACACUAUGUUCGCUGCAUAAAACCCAACGACUUCAAGUUGGCCUUCUCGUUUGAUCCUAAACGCGCAGUGCAGCAGCUCAGAGCCUGUGGUGUCCUGGAAACCAUCCGCAUCUCUGCUGCAGGCUUCCCAUCCAGGUGGACGUACCAGGAGUUCUUCAGCCGUUACAGAGUGCUGAUGAAGCAGAAGGACGUGUUACCUGACAAGAAGUUGACUUGCAGAAAUGUUCUGGAGACACUGGUGCAGGACCAGGAUAAAUACCAGUUUGGUAAAACCAAGAUCUUCUUCAGGGCGGGCCAGGUUGCCUACCUGGAGAAGUUGAGAGCGGAGAAGUUGCGUGCUGCCUGCAUUCGCAUCCAGAAAACAAUCCGCUGCUGGCUGGCACGCAAGAAGUACCUGCGCAAGCGCAGUGCUGCCAUCACCAUCCAGAGGUUCACCAGAGGAUACCAGGCUCGCUGCCUGGCCAAGUUCAUGCGUCGCACGCAGGCGGCCACAAUCAUCCAGAAGUACCAGAGGAUGUACGUGGAGAGGGAACGCUACAGGCAGAAGCAGGCUGCUGCUCUGGUCAUGCAGACGAUCCUCAGAGCUUACAUGGCCCGGCAGAAGUACCAGGCGUUACUGCGGGAGCACAAAGUGGUCAUCAUUCAGAAGCGCGUUCGAGGCUGGUUGGCUCGGUGCUGGUACAAGCGCUGCCUCGUCUCCAUCGUUUACCUGCAGUGCUGCAUCCGCAGGAUGAGGGCCAGACGCGAGCUGAAGAAGCUGAAGAUCGAGGCUCGCUCAGUGGAGCACUUCAAGAAGCUCAACAAAGGCAUGGAGAACAAGAUCAUGCAGCUGCAGAGGAAAAUCGACGAGCAGAGCAAGGACAACCGGUCAAUGAACGAGAAGCUCAUCGGUCUGGAGACUUCCUACACAACAGAGAGCGAGCGGAUGCGUGGCGAGCUGAAUCGGUUGCGUGGGGUGGAGGAGGAUGCCAAGAAAAAAGGCAACCAGGUUUCGUCGCUGCUGGAGGAGCUGGAGAAGCUGAGGAAGGAGCUGAGUUGCACACAAAAGGAGAAGAAGACUAUCGAGGACUGGGCGCAAACAUACAGGGACGAAAUGGAGAAAAUGGUCUCGGAGCUGACCCAACAGAAUGGCUCACUGAAGAAAGAGAAGGACGACUUGAACAGGUUGAUUCAGGAACAGAGUCAGCAGAUGACAGAGAAAAUGGCCCGUGCAAUAGCGCAGGAGACUCAGCAGCUGGAGACGGAUCUGAACGAGGAGCGCUCUCGCUACCAGAAUCUCCUCACAGAACACCUUCGCCUCGAGGAGAAAUACGACGACCUGAAGGAGGAUAUGGUUUCCUUGAACGUGUCCAAGCCUGGCCACAGGAGAACCGAUUCCACCCACAGCAGCAACGAAUCCGAGUACACUUGCAACUCAGAGUACGCCGAAUUGGAAGAAGGUUCCCGUGCCGGCGAAGAUGUGACACGAGGAAUAGACACCUCGCUGACCCUCAAGCUGCAGAAACGUCUCACAGAACUGGAGCAAGAAAAGCAGUCUCUGCGCAACGAACUGGAAAACAAAGAGGACCAGUUCCAGCGGGCUAGAGCCAGGGAUGAUGCAGAGUUUAAAAAGGCUCGUGGGGCAGAGCUGGAGUACGAGUCCCUGAAGCGUCAGGAGCUGGAGUCGGAGAACAAGAAGCUGAAACAUGACCUGGCGGAGAUAAGGCAAAGCCUACUGGGUAACGCUGCUACAAACGCCGGUGCCCCAGGAUCCCCAGCAUACAAGGUGCUCUUGGAGCAACUCAGCGCCUCCUGUGAGGAGCUGGAGGUCCGCAAGGAGGAGGUGCUAAUCCUGCGCUCCCAGCUGGUCAGCCAGAAGGAAGCCAUGCACCACAAGGAUGAGAAGGAGACCAUGACUGAGCCUUCUGUCUAUGUCGAGGACGUGUCCAAACUGAAAGACGCUGAUGAAAUCAAGCAAGCUUACAUAGGCCUCAAAGACACCAACAGGUUACUGGAGCACCAGCUGCAGACUCAGCGGAGAAGUUACGAUAACGAGGUGGAGUCGUUGCGAGGCGAGCUGCAGAAUGUCAAGGAGGAGAACAACCGUCAGCAGCAGCUCUUGGCCCAAAACCUCCAGCUGCCUCCAGAGGCCCGCAUCGAAGCCAGCCUGCAGCACGAGAUCACCCGACUCACCAACGAGAACCUGGAACUCCUGGCUGAAGACCCCACAGCAUCCCGAGAGGCUCGAGUCAUCAUUUUACGACGGAUGGUUGAUCUAAUGGAGCAACUGGAGAAGCAGGACCGAACCAUCCGCAAGCUCAAGAAACAGCUGAAGGUUUACUCCAAGAGGAUCGGAGAGAUGGGAGCGGGUCAAACCGAGGGACAGACGUCUCCAGGACAGAUGGUGGACGAGCCGAUUCACCCCGUCAACAUUCCACGCAGGGAGAAAGAUUUCCAGGGCAUGCUGGAGUACAAGAAGGAGGAUGAGCUCAAACUGGUCAAGAACCUUAUCCUUGAGCUGAAGCCUCGUGGUGUAGCUGUUAAUCUGAUCCCAGGUCUUCCAGCUUACAUCUUGUUCAUGUGUCUGCGACAUGCAGACUAUGUCAAUGAUGACCAGAAGGUCCGCACGCUGCUCACUUCAACCAUCAACAGUAUCAAAAAGAUUUUAAAGAAACGAGGAGACGACUUUGAGACGGUCUCCUUCUGGCUGGCGAACACCUGCCGCUUCUUACACUGUCUGAAACAAUACAGCGGAGACGAGGCCUUCAUGAAGCACAACACGACGAGGCAGAAUGAACACUCACUGUCCAACUUCGACCUGGCAGAGUACAGACAGGUGAUCAGUGACCUGGCCAUCCAGAUCUACCAGCAGCUCAUCAAAUGCAUGGAGAACAUCCUCCAGCCCAUGAUAGUCUCUGGCAUGCUUGAACACGAGACCAUCCAAGGCGUGUCAGGGGUGAAGCCCACAGGCCUCCGUAAGCGGACGUCUAGUAUCGCUGAUGAGGGCACCUACACCCUGGACUCCAUCCUGCGACAGCUCAACGCCUUCCACUCCACCAUGUGUCAGCACGGCACCGACCCCGAGCUCAUCAAGCAGGUGGUGAAGCAGCAGUUCUACAUCAUCGGAGCAGUCACCCUCAACAACCUGCUGCUGCGCAAGGACAUGUGCUCCUGGAGCAAAGGCAUGCAGAUCAGGUACAAUGUCAGCCAGUUGGAGGAGUGGCUCAGAGACAAAGGUCUGAUGACAUGUGGAGCCAAGGAGACUCUGGAGCCUCUGAUCCAGGCUGCUCAGCUGCUGCAAGUGAAGAAAAAGACUGACGAGGACGCUGAGGCCAUCUGCUCCAUGUGCCUGGCCCUCACCACUGCUCAGAUUGUGAAAGUCCUGAACCUCUACACUCCAGUAAAUGAGUUUGAGGAGAGAGUGUCAGUUGCAUUCAUACGAACCAUACAGACUCGCUUGCGAGACCGCUGUGAGAGUCCACAGUUGUUGAUGGACACGAAGAUGAUUUACCCGGUCACUUUCCCGUUCAACCCUUCCUCGCUUGCCCUGGAAACCAUCCAGAUCCCUAGUUCGCUCAACCUUUCAUUCCUCACUCGCGUCUAAACCGAGGCCCCAUGAGACGACUCUAAACCCUGCGGCGUUUUCGAUAUAUUGGCCACAAUUGAAAUUGCAAGUCACAUGACACUCACAGGCCCAAAAAGACUUUUACACAGUCAUCACAAGAGAAAUUUUUAAAAUCAGUGUUACAAACACUCCAAAAUUAGGCUUUGUAUGAACACAAUUUGAGCAAUUAUCUCACAAAAAGUUUACUGAAAAGUCUCAAAGAGCUUCUGAUUCAAAACACAGCUUACAGUCCUCCUAAAAUAUAUGUCUUGAACCUGGACACACGCAGAAUUAAACACAUAAACCCCACCACAUGAUGAACUAUCAACAUGCAUCUGUACAAUACUUACAUCCUCUGAACACAAACAUGCACGCCCACACUCAAGUGCACCUUCUCUCUUACAAAACGCACAAAUACACACAACAGCUAAACAGUUGCCGCCGCUGGUUUGAAUCUGGCUGUUAAGCGCCCUCGUCCAUCCACUGCUUGUAUAAACGCCUGCCUGUUAGAGAAGCCACAGGACCAGAUCAAUGCCUCCAGUGCUCGCUCUCCAUCGACACCUGGGUCUGUCUUAGUGGUCUUGACUCUGGUUACCCCUCCUCUGUGUUUCAACUAGCUGUUAAGAUAGUUCUUCUCGUCAUCGUCUCGUUCUCUGGUGAGAAUGUAUGUACCAAUGCACAGGAGCGAGCCCAUAAAGGAGAUGUCAAGACCUCACAAACAGGAAUAACUCGAUAAGUGUAGUUUGAUGUGUUGGGUCUCUGUGUAAUGGGCAAAGUGAGUUCUGAGUCCGAAGCCAGCUGAGUGAUGUUGCACUAAAGUUAGCUCUCUCCACCUGGACCAGGCGUCGUUCUGUAUCCUGUCAUUUUACUCUCUGGACACAGUCAAGCUCAGACAGAACUCAUCGUCUGUACUAUAUUAUUUAUACAUAUAUAAAUAUGAAUAAUAUAUAUCAUGUAUUUUAUUUAUUGCAUUUAUGUCCGUCCCCACCCUCCCUUUUUUAGAGUAGAAGCUUUCUGCAGAAAAAUGUGUCCGAUAUACGAAAGAUGGGACCACCAAGAGUAACAGCUUUGUAAGGACAGUUUUAGGCUAUUUAUGUCAAUAUCAGGUAAAUGAUGUAGUAUAGCUGAAGGAGUGCCGGCACAGGCGAUUAAUUGUUAGGUCACAUCUUUACUUAGAGAUGUCACUUUAUCCUGUUUAUCCUGCAUUUCAGGCAGAUGAAGUGUAGCAUGGGUUUAACUGAGGACAGAUUUAGAAGGUACAAGGUUUAAGCUCUGACCUGCUACAGUCGACACUGUUUACAGCUGUGACCAGAGCGGAGCGUCACAACAGACACUGGCACACACAUAACGCGACACUUACUGCUGUAUCGUCGGGAGUUUUGCAAUCUUGGUUGUUUCCUCUCUCUUCUCUGGUCACAGCUCUAGUCAGAGCUUUGAAACUGUUUUACUAUUAUCAACGUGGAACUAUUUAUUUCAGUAUUGUUAUUUUCUUAAGUAUCAAAGGUAUGUAUAUCGUGAAGCCAUGUACGAAUGAGCAACGUGGGCAGAAAAGGUUUCUCUGAGGUUGGUUUUAGGAGAUUUUGUCUCAAUUCUGUCCAGCUUUGAAACAAUGCUUUGUGCUUUAUUCCCACACUAAAGGGCAGUGUCCACCAAAGUGUUUUGUUUUUUUUCUGAGGCCAAUGUAUAUUUUUAAUUAUUUGCAAUGGGAGCACUACAUAUUUAUGUUACUUUACAAAGACCAGCAGUGUGAUGAGGCGCUGAGAUUCUGCACUGAUCACUGCAUGUUUGGCUUUUUUUUAUGCAGAGAGUUGAAAAAUGUUAAUCUUUGGGUUAAAAGCCUUUUACCCAGCGAUCCCAGUGUUUACUACAGAAUGAAAGUGAAAAUGUGUUUGUAUGUGUGGGGUGGUUCCCCUUUUGAAUGCAUGUGUGUCCCUUUCUAUCACUCUGUGUCCCCCUCUGUAAAUUCGGAGGUUUUUGUGGGUCCGUGACACAAGCUCCGCAUGAGUACUUUUUUCCUCAGCAGCAGUGUGUGACUCUCAAGGUGGAUAUUUGAUCUGUCCGUCCCAUCCAUCGACCUGAUCCAUUCAGAUCUCAUCAGAUCAGGUCGAUGGAUGGGAGGAGCAGCUGUUGUGGGUGAAUCCAAACUUUAUAGACAAAUAUAUAUAUAUAUAUAUAUAUAUAUAUAUAUAUAUAUAUAUAUAUAUAUAUAUAUAUAUAUAUAUAUAUAUAUAUACACAGUUGAGUAGGGUCAAAUAUCAUGAAGACCAACAAUCACAUCUUACAUGUUAAAGUGCAGAACAACAACAACAACAAUGGAGGAAAGAGACAUUAAUAUACUGCACGCAUAUUAAUAUAUGUUUCCUCUCAUGAACCCACACAGAACCGCAGGUUUGUCCUCCCGCUGCAUGCUUCAGCCUUACCUUUAUCCUUUUAGCAAAUUUACCUUCCGUCAACUUAUUUACUUCCGCAGUUAUGCCAGAUGCAACCAAAGUGUCUCAAAUGAAAAUACGCUGCAACUCCAAAGCACUCUCAAGCGCUCCUGGCUGAGUGUUUCCCAGUUCUCAGCUAAGAAAAAGAUGCUUUGGUGGACACAGGGCCUAACAGCAGCUUUGGGGAGCGAUUUCUCUCCUAUACGUCCACCCUAUGCCUUUCAGUUUAGUGGCCAAGAACGGACAGCACGGGCGUUUAUUAUCAAAAACAACAGAAUAUGUGGAACUACUUUUUUUACGUCUCACUUGCACUGCAGGUUAAGUUUAGAGUUACUGACAUAAAAUAUUUUUUUUGUUGUUGUUUUUUGGUGCCCUAAUUUGUUUUGGUUCAGAUUUCCAGAUAUAUUUGGCACUUCCUUUUAAAGGCUGAGGGUGAUUUUGCACCCAUUGCUCAGUCAGUAUGGCAACAGUGUGGUAUGAUAACUGCACAGCAUGAGCUGCUGCUGCUGCCCUCAUCUAACUUGCAUGGGCUUGGCUUUACCAGCAUUACCAGUUACCAGAAAUGAACCAGCAUGCUGUUUUUGUCUGUUUGUUUGAGAGGCCUUGGUGAAGCUGAGAGUCAAUGGAUGACUGUUGUUUCAAAAUGUCUGCAUUCACAUUGUCCUCGCUGCCUCGUGUUUAGCACUUUUGUCCAUUUACUUCCUGUUGUGCCAUUAGUAUUACCAGUUAACCAAAUUUGCCUCUUGCCCUCAUGUGAACCUCAUUUUUUGCCGAAUGACCUUACCCUCUCACAAAGAUAUUUCACUUUCAUGGUAAAGGUGCUUUCGUUAAUAGGAGAUUUUGAAUGGUCACCAGAGCUGGAUUUUUUUUUCUUUUUUUGUGUUUUGCUUAGUUUGAAACCAACCAACCAAGGAAGCAUAAAUCCAAAUGAUUUUGCAGAAGAGAUGAGUGAGAUAUCAGUAAACAUGAUGUCAGAGGCUGUGGUGAAGGUGCAGUAUAUGCUGAGAAAUAAAACUAUGUUUUAUCUAAUUAAAUGCCAUAAGAAGCAGACCGCUUUUGCUCCGACAGGAACAAGCUACAGACAGAAGCAAAUUGUAAGUGGAGUAAAGAGAACAUUAGUAUGUGAAGUUGUUUUGUGUUGCACUUGUGUUUGAGAAUAAUUUGAUAUCCAUAAGCUCUCAUUGGGACCACGUGUUAUUAAUCUGCUUUUUGUUCUUUCGUUUGGAUUAAUAGGUAGGUUAUGGUUUGUGUAAAGAGUACAUAUCUGUGGCAAGAAACACGGUAAAUGAAGGAAUAUAAUUAACCAUAUGAAUGUUUCAAAUUGUUAAUUAAGUGUAUCAUUAUUUAGCUGCACAUUGUCAGACAAAGCCUUAUCUGAAUUAUCUGAUAUCUGAAUGACUGAAACACAUGAUCGACUUUGUGGCAUUGUUUUGCUCUUUCAGUGUAGUUUUUUUUUCCACUGUAAAAUGAAUAUAAAUUGUUUAAUGUGAUCAUUUUUAUUUUGAUAAGGUGUCCUUUUGUCCUACAGUUGGUGUCACAGAUGGGUUUCAUUGUUUAGCCUUCAGUCCAAAUGCACUUUUUAGACAUUUCUAAGGAAGUCAUUAAAACGAUGGAUAAGAACUGUAAAAAAAAAAAAAAAAACAAAAAAAGAAGAAGAAGAAGAAAAAAACACCUUUCCUGUUUAACUCCUUUUUACACCUUUUUAUGGAGCUGUAGCCCAUUAAGCUUCCUCCACCACUUUCCCUGUGUGAGUAGAGCGCUUCACUUUCUUAAUCAGUGAUUUUUCUGGCUUUUUUUAUUACAACUAUCAGUUAAGGCCAUUCACAGGUAAUGGAUUGCAUUCAGCACGAGCCUUCUCACCCUUGGUCGGUCUCUCUUUGUGGACUGAUGGAUUGAGAGUGGGAAUGCUGGUCUCAUUAAAAAAACACAUACGCUCUUUCACUGGUUCGUAUAGUUGAGCAGAGCUGCAGGGUCUUGUUCCCCUGGGCUUCUCUUGGGCUCUCAAACAGGAGAAAGUGUCAUUCCUUCACUCUGCGAUUUUACAUUAAGGAGAGAGUUGGUUGUAUGAUACGACGUUGACAUUAUAAAUGACCAUUGUUCUUAUCAGCACUAGCGUUGAUUGUGCCAUUUUAAAACGUUCAAAACAGGAGAUAUAUCAUCACCCUCAGCUGUUGUGGUACUGGUGUGAACAUGCUGAAGCCAGUACCAAAUGUUUCCCCUCUGACCCACGUGUACAUUUGACAAACUGGACUGUUUGUAGUUUCUGGUAGCUGUGCUUAGUGAAUGUGUUCACCGUUAAGAAACUAAGAAACUUGGAAUAAACUGUCAAAUCUGUAAAAGUAAAAUAAAAGAAUUCA